AUGAUAUUGGCGGAUUCGAAGGUAUGUUUCCCUCGCGUCCUUGAGUCCCUUUGUCCGAAACAGAGCAGCAAGGCUGAUUUGCCCCCUUCAGGACCUCAACCCUCUCCCGAGCUCCUUCUCCGAUGGAUUCAAUUGGGGAUCUACUCGCCACGAUUCGCCAUCAACUGUUUCAAGACCUCCCCAGGUAACAGCUCUGUAGGAGAUGUCAUCGAGCCAUGGAUGUAUCCCGAGAUCACGCCGCUGGUUCGGGAUACGAUCAAGCGCAGAUACGAGAUCCUGCCAUACAUCUACUCGCUUGGCCUAGAAAGUCAUCUCACAGCAUCACCACCCCAGCGCUGGGUCGGCUGGGGCUACGAAACGGAUCCCGAAGUUUGGACAAAGCCUCUCAAGUCGGGCGAAGAGCAGUACUGGUUCGGCGACACCAUUCUCGUCGGGGGCGUAUAUGAGCCCGGCGUCAGCGUUGGCAAGGUAUAUCUACCCCGAAAGGCAAACACCCAGUUCGACUAUGGAUAUGUGAACAUGAACGCGCCAUACACAUAUUUCGCUUCAGGCCAAUGGGUCGAGGUGCCUUCCGAGUGGAAGACGAGUAUUCCGCUGCUCGCCAAAAUCGGCGGCGCAAUUCCUGUCGGCAAGUCCGUCCACACGAGAGUGCCAGGUGAUGAGACCGCGGCCUCAUUGGCAGUGGAAGAGUUGGACGACUACCGAGGAGUGGAAAUCUUCCCACCUCGGGGCAGUUCCCACAAUAACGCCUUCUCUACUACCUGGUUUGAAGAUGAUGGAAUUUCGGUUGAUGCGACCAUCUCACGGUACACGAUCAACUAUAGCUCAACAGAGGACAGAGUCAUCGUCGGGUUCUCUCGGGAUGAGCACAAGGGAUUUGUCCCUGCAUGGAAGAAUUUGGAUAUCAUCCUGCACAACGGUGAUGAGAGACGCGUUGUUUCUGACUCUGGAAAGACAGUCGAGUACAAGGGUACUGACAAACGUGGCCGCAACGUGUACACCGUCAAAACCUAA